AUUGCAUGCAUUGCAUCUUCUCUUCCCCAAGCCCGUAGCUGCGAGGCUGCCGACUAACGAGGCCAACGGCCCAUCCUUUAAGCAACAGCGCCAGACCUUGCGCGUCGCGCCUCUCCUUUGCCUUUGUUUUCUUUUCAUUUCCUCGCAUCGGUCCUCACACAGAUGCUGCCAGAGACGGCCGAGAACGAAUUGUCACCAGGCCACGACGGCCCGCAUUGUUCCCGUGAAGCGCCUCCGGCAGGGCAGGCUGCAUUCAGUCUUCUUUUUCCUUGUCUACUCACUUAUUGAAUGGCACCCGCGUCGGCCCGAACCGACCACUCCUGAUCUCGCCGAACCCGAUACCAUCGCUUUCUCGCGCGCGCGCUCGCACACACACGCUUCCUUCCCCAUCUUUGGGGCACACGACCAUCCGAGCCGAUAGACAUGGCUAGCGACCGUGUCUAUGGCGUGACGCCGCCGCUAUCCUUGUCCCUUCCGACCGAGGCUGAGAAGCGAGCUAGCGAUACGCUGAUUGAGGAACUGCGACGUCAAAAGACGUUCGAGAGUCCAUCCGACACGGAGAAACGAUACAAAGUUUUAGAAUCCCUGCAGACUAUCUGCAACGAGUUCGUCAAACGCGUCGCCAAAGCGAGAGAACCCAAGAACGACAUCCUCAUAAAGAAUGCGCGCGGAAAAGUAUUCACCUACGGGAGUUUCCGCCUGGGCGUCUUCGGCCCAGGGUCCGACAUCGACACACUCAUUGUCGCCCCCAAAUAUGUCACCCGCGAUGAUUACUUCGAACAUUUCCCCAAGAUGCUCGUAGACAUGGCUCCCGAGGGCGCCAUCACGGAGCUGGCCGUCGUCACCGACGCAUUUGUCCCCAUCAUCAAGUUUGAGUACUCUGGUAUCAGCAUAGACCUGAUCUUCUCGCGCAUCAUUCAAAAGCAGCUGUCGCCAGACUUCCAAGACCUCAAGGAUUCUGCCCUAUUGCGUGGUCUCGACGAAGCCGAGUUGCGAUCCCUCAAUGGCACCCGUGUCACCGAUGAGAUAUUGAACCUCGUUCCAGAACAGAGCACUUUCAAACUUGCCCUCCGUGCCAUCAAGCUCUGGGCGCAGCGCCGUGCCGUCUAUGCGAACAUUAUGGGCUUCCCUGGAGGUGUGGCUUGGGCCAUGCUCGUCGCUCGUGUAUGCCAGCUGUACCCCAAGGCGGCCACCUCGGUCAUCGUCAACAAGUUCUUCCUCAUCAUCAGUCAAUGGCGAUGGCCGCAGCCCGUCCUCCUCAAGCCUAUUGAAAGCGGUCCUCUGCCCGUCCGCGUGUGGAAUCCCAAGCAAUACAAAGGCGAUUCUUUCCAUCUUAUGCCUGUCAUCACGCCGGCAUACCCUUCCAUGUGUGCAACUUUCAAUAUCACACGGUCGUCCAAGACCAUUAUCAACCAGGAACUGCAGAGAGGCCUGGAGAUCACUGAAGCCAUCAUGGUGGGGAAGCGACCUUGGAGUGACUUGUUCGUCAAGCACACCUUCUUCACCGCUGACUACAGAUACUACAUCUCCGUCAUCACCGCGAGCAAAGACAAAGAGUCCCACAAGGUGUGGUCUGGCUACGUCGAGUCCAAGGUGCGCAUGCUGGUCCAGAAGUUGGAGCUCCACCAGGAGAUAGAUCUGGCACGCGCCUUCAACAAGGGCUACGAUCGACGCCAUCUCUGCAAAAAUGACGAGGAAAUUGCGCAGGUUCAAGAGGGUAGCCUGGAUUACCUCAUGAAACCUGGGGACGAAGUACCCACUCCGCAGACCGACGCAGACAUGUCCGGCGAGGACUCGAAAGAAGGCGACGGUACAGCAAAGCCCGCUUCGCCGACUGUAGUGUAUACCACGACUCACUACAUUGGCUUGCAACUCCAUCCAGAUGCCAAAGCUCUCGACCUCUCUUACCAGGUAGAUGAGUUCAAAGCUCUGUGCACUCACUGGAAAAAAUACGAGGACGAGUUGAAAUCUCUGGUAUCAAUUGGUGUCCAGCACGUCCGCAACUUCAACCUCCCAGACGAUCUUUUCGAGGCGGGCGAGACAAAACCACGAAAGAAGAGUGCUAAGAGCGCUCUCAACGGAAAGAAGCGCGCCCAACCAGAGGACAAUACCCAACCCCCCGCCAAGCGACAGCAGGCCUCUGUAGUUGCAGCUGGCUGAGUGGCGAUGACCUUGGCCGACUGAAGUAAUCACACCCCAGGGUGCACGAUUACAUGACAUUGAGGGCGCCAAUCUGCCCUGCUUGGACAUCAACUUGACAAGGACUCGAGUUCACUAAGAGGGCCCCUGGCUUCCCUCGCAAAGUACUGACGUGCGCCUAUAUGGCGCAGACUCGUCUGGCAAGAUUCCGGGCUGAAGGCCGUAAUAACUCUGGCCUCCAGUACGCCAGAGGCCUUUAUCGGUUGUCGCUGGCUGACUACGAGACAGACGGCAGUGUACACGAUGAGCGACCCAAGCAUGGAUUGCAGGUCGGUGACCGAACAAGAAGUGAAUUCUUCCGCAGUAUCUGCUGAAGGACCUGACGGGCGUCGUUGCAGCUCCCGCGGGCGCGAUUUGACAUAUCCUGGAAAUCGCCAACGGGCGAAGUGACCCUCCCUACGGCUGUCUGUAUCUAGAACAUGUGGCCUCGCUAGAUGAUGAAUACAGACGUAAUUAUGAGGCCGUCUGCCUCAGUGACC